AUGAAUGAUAACUUGGAAAAAAAAAAGUUGUGCCUGGAGUAUCUAUCACAUCCAUUUUUUUAUUACAUUAACAACAAUCAGGAAUCAAUGUCAAGAGCAGAUUAUCUAUCGAAAUAUUUAAGCAAUCUGUCAUCUACAGAGAAGUCAAAGAAGAAGAAACAUAAAAAGAAGGAGCUAAAAAAGCCAACUAUCACAAUAGAGAAUCCUAAAGCAAUCAUAAUACCGAAUUUUGAAGACGAUCUUGAAAAUGAAGAAGGAGAAGAAGAGGAUGAAUUUGCUCCUGUAAAAGUUGAGAACAACGAGAAGUCAAAUAAGGGAUUUAAGAGAAUAGAUACUGGUGAGAUCAUCAACCCCACUGAGCAACAACAAACGCUGACUAUAGCAGUAGCUACUACUAAGAAUCAAUUGCUACCUACAAAAGACCAACAACCAGAGACAAUUUAUCGUGAUUCGUCAGGUCGUAUAAUUGAUAUAAAGCAGAAACAAGCAGAUUUAGAAGCUCAAAGACUUGAGCAAUCUCAAAAAUCAGAAAUUAAAGAAGUUAGAACAAGUCUUAAAGAACAAACAAAACAAGAACAUGAGAUAUUUAAACCAAAAUCAAAUAAUUUUGAAGAUCCCAUGAAUUCAUUUGCUGAAAAACAAGAAAAAGAGGAUACUGAGAAGAUGAAAUAUAUUUAUGAUAAAGGAGUCAAUGUUCCUAAUAGAUUUGAUAUACCUGCAGGGUAUUUUUGGGAUGGGAUUGAUCGAAGUAAUGGAUUUGAAGAGUUGAUGAUUAGAAAACAAAAUGAAAACAAUUUUAACAAAAUUGAAUCAAAGAUUAAUGAAACUUAUGAAAUCGAAGUUGAUGAUAUGAAUUAG